CAAACAUCUGCCCUUAUCUUGAGUCUUUAGAAAGCCCGUUACACACAGUCGCGAAUAACUGGCAUCUUCAGCUGAAGAGACGAGAUGGCUUUGGCAGAUCCCGAGUGUGGACUAUCAAACGGCGCGGAUUCCGCGUCCCCGUUUUCUGACAUUAUUGAGCUAAAUGUGGGAGGACAAGUGUAUGUAACGCGGCGCACGACUUUAGUAGCCGUACCGGAUUCUCUUCUGUGGAACAUGUUUAGUAAGAAAACACCGACAGAGCUGGCACGGGACAGCAAAGGGCGCUUCUUUUUGGACAGGGACGGCUUUCUUUUCCGCUACAUUUUAGACUACCUACGGGAUCUAAAUCUGGUUUUGCCUGACUAUUUUCCAGAGAAGAGCAGAUUACAGCGGGAGGCUGAGUUUUUUCAGCUGCGGGACCUGUCCAAGCUCUUGAGUCCCAAAAUGAGUAAAGACAACUCCAUCACCGAUGAGAUCUGCCAGAGUGACUCGGAAGAGCCGAGCGCCAGCGCGACUCCGCUGGUCGGACCCGACACUUCGCGCACGCUGUCUGUCGCCAGCACCGCUCCUUCUCCUUCUCUCGAGUCCAAAAAGUCGGGCUACAUCACGGUCGGUUACCGGGGCUCGUAUACAAUCGGAAGAGACAUACAGACAGACGCCAAAUUCAGGCGAGUCGCGAGAAUCACGGUGUGCGGAAAGACUUCUCUGGCUAAGGAGGUGUUCGGAGACACUUUGAACGAGAGCAGAGACCCGGACCGACCUCCGGAGAGGUACACAUCACGCUAUUAUCUGAAAUAUAAUUUUCUCGAGCAGGCGUUUGACAAACUGUCAGAGUUUGGCUUCCAUAUGGUUGCGUGCAGCUCCACUGGCACAUGCGCUUACUCCAGCAAUGACCCUAACGAGGACAAAAUCUGGACAAGCUACACAGAGUAUGUUUUCUGUCGAGAAUGAGCCAAAAUUGUGUGUAUAUACGCAUUCCACUACAAGAGUAAAGUUGUAUCCGUUUUGGAGAAGUGUAUUGGAGUUAUUCUCAUUCGCAAAUUUCUAGUUCUGUGCAUCAUAGAAUUGGCUGUUUAAUAGCCUACUACAUUAAUUGCUAGAAUUAACUAAUGCAGAAGAUCUAGCUAUCAUUGCACUUCCCUUCAUAGCUUUAUUUUGUUUGCAGAUAGUCAUUUUCAGACUUGAGGGUGUAUUUGUAUAAAGUCCCAGAUGUGUUUUGUACUUGCUGUUCUUUAUGCAUGUAUUUCAAAUGAACACGUUAAAUAUUUUUCUUCCUGAUUCAAUGAUUUCUGACACAUUAGGAACAUUCUGGAAAGGCUCUGACAUUCAGCUUUAUUUGUAUUCAUCAGACUGGUAUAUCACAAUGACAAUUUUUCAGUUCAGUACAGUUUCAUCUUUUCACUGUGAAUAACCCACUAAAUCGGAAAACCUUAGUUUAAUUGCUGCCUUAAUUUCUUUAGUAAAAUUAAAGUGGUGCCAAAGUUACCUGCAGUGAUUCAUUGCACUUUUUUGACCACAGUUUCAUUACAGAUGAAGAAAAUUGAGUGGAACCUCUUAAAAUGAAAAGAAAUGGCAACUUUGUAAUAGAUAUUACAAAGAUAUUACAACAUUUUUUAAGUGAGGCUUACCUUUGUACAGCGUACAACUGUAUAUUAUUGAAUUUUGCACAUAUUUUGUUUGGGCGAGGAGUGGGAAUUGUUUUUUUUUUUUUGUAUUAGGUUUACUAGUUCUAUGACUGUAUUACAACAAAGUUCUCUCCUUUACUCAAGCAUUGUAAGCAUCUUAUGUCUCUUCAAAAGUUGAUCAUACAAUAAAUUGUAAUCUGUCAUAAUC